GAAGGUGUGAGGGGGAGGACGCUCUUCAUUUUCUCUCCGCUGUCUUUAUCGCUUCUACCCUCUCUACUCUCUCUUUUGUGGGCAAGGUAAACAAUCUUCAUUAACACGUACAGACACGUCCACCAAUGCGUGUGAGGGAGGAAGACUAAGAGGAGGAGGAGCCACAGAGGAGUCACUGCAGGAGGAGGAGGAGGAGGAGGAAGAGGAAGAGGAGGAGGAAGAGGACCACCACCACCACCACUAGGAAGAGGAAGAGGAAGAGGAAGAGGUGGAAGAUGACCAAGUAUUUUGACUUUGUGUGGAGGAAGGAGGUGGACGCCAGGCUUCAGGAGGGAGCGGUCUUCGAUAGGUGGACGGAGGAGAAGGAAAGCUACGAGUAUGAGCCUAACUGUACGUUCAAGGUGGACGAGUAUGGCUUCUUCGUGUUUUGGAAGAGUGAUGGGAAGGAGGGCAACGUGGCGGAGCUAUCACAAGUGUCAGACAUCAGGAGAGGGAACUUGCCGAGGGACUACAAGCUGACGGACAAGUUGAUGAACAAACACGGCCAGGAUGUUGAGGAGAAGAUGCUCACGAUAUGCUCCGGCCUGGAUUACGUCAACAUCAACUACACCAACGUCGUCUGCAAGAACAAGGAGGAGGCGGACGUAUGGUUGGAAGGCCUACGGAAGAUUUUUCACAACAUUCGCGCCAAUAACAUAUGUCCAUUGAUGUGCCUGAAGAAACAUUGGAUGCGCCUGGGUAUGACCGUGGACGCUAUUGGCAAGAUCCCUGUCAAGCACAUUGUAAGAACCUUCGCCUCGGGAAAAACAGAGAAGAUGGUCUAUUCCUGCCUUGAGGAGAUGGGGCUGCCCUCGGGGAAGGGUGACAGCAUUGACAGAGAGGCAUUUACCUUUGACAAGUUCUACAAGCUCUACCACACCAUAUGCCCCAGAACUGACAUUGACGAACUCUUUACAAGCAUCACCAAGACGGAGUUCAUCACAAUGCCACAACUGAUCAACUUCAUGAAUGAGAAACAGCGUGAUCCCAGCCUUAACGAAAUCCUGUACCCGCUCUAUGAUGAAAAGCGUUGCCUGGAGAUCAUCACUGCCCAUGAGGCUAACAAGGAGAAUGUGGAUAACAAGCGCUUCAGCAAAGAUGGAUUCCUCAACUAUCUUAUGUCGGACGAGAACGCGCCCGUCUUCCUCGACCGCCUCGAUAUCUAUCACGACAUGGAUCAACCGCUCGCUCACUACUACAUCAAUUCCUCUCACAAUACAUAUCUCUCCGGGCGACAGUUCGGCGGAAAGUCUACUGCGGAGAUGUACCGACAGACCCUAUUGGCGGGCUGCAGGUGCGUUGAACUCGACUGCUGGGAUGGGAAAGGAGAAGACGAGGAACCCAUCAUCACCCACGGGAAGGCCAUGUGCACCGACAUUCUCUUCAAGGAGGCCAUCAUCGCUAUCCGGGACUGUGCCUUCGUCACCUCGGACUAUCCCAUCAUCCUCUCCUUCGAAAACCAUUGUUGUAAGAAACAGCAAUACAAGCUCGCCAAGUACUGCGACGAGUAUUUCGGGGACCUGCUGUCCAAGGAGGCGCUCCCCGACAGCCCGCUAGUGCCCGGGCAUCCCCUACCCUCACCGAACCAGCUGAAACGCAAGAUAUUGAUUAAAAACAAACGCUUGAAGCCGGAAGUCGAAAAACAGGAACUUGAACUAUUCCUGAAAGGGCAGCUGGAUCUUGUGGAUGACGAGGAUGCGAAAGAAGAUGCGUCGCAGGCCAGCGCAGCCCAGCCCAAGGAGGCGAAGAAUGCCCCCCCCACUACCACCCCCACCCCCACCCCCAUCCCGGUCUCACAGCCGUCUCUGGAGGAGGACAAACCACUCACGGCCGAGGAGAAAGCCUUCCUCUACUAUCAAUACACCGGAGCCACAACCCAUGUCCAUCCAGUCCUGUCCUCCUAUGUCAACUACUGUCAACCCGUCAAGUUCCAGGGCUUUGAUGUGGCCCAAGAGAAGAACAUCCACCACAACAUGUCCUCUUUCUCCGAGACCAUGGGCUUGGGAUACCUCAAGACGCAAGCCAUAGAGUUCGUCAAUUACAAUAAGCGUCAAAUGUCCAGGAUUUACCCGAAAGGAGCGCGGGUCGACUCCUCAAACUACAUGCCACAGGUAUUCUGGAACGCUGGUUGCCAGAUGGUGUCCCUCAACUUCCAGACUUCCGACCUUCCGAUGCAGUUGAACCAGGGCAAGUUUGAGUACAAUGGCGGUUGUGGUUAUCUCCUCAAGCCGGACUUCAUGAGGCGGACGGACAGAACCUUCGACCCCUUCGCCGAGUCCCCCGUGGACGGUGUGAUCGCCGCCCAGGUGGCUGUCUCGGUCAUCGCAGGUCAGUUCCUCUCGGACAAGAAGGUCGGGACUUACGUUGAAGUGGACAUGUACGGCCUGCCCACGGACACCAUUCGGAAGGAGUUCAGGACACGUAUGAUACCUGGCAACGGACUCAACCCACAGUACAAUGAAGAACCAUUCCUCUUCCGAAAGGUCGUGUUGCCCGAUUUGGCCGUGCUGCGAUUUGGCGUAUUUGACGAGAAUGGCAAAAUCCUCGGGCAGCGGAUCCUCCCCCUCGACGGUCUACAGGCUGGGUACCGCCAUAUCUCGCUGCGUACAGAGGGCAACUUCCCGAUGUCUCUCCCUAUGCUGUUCUGUAACAUUGAACUGAAGAUCUAUGUUCCGGACGGCCUGGGCGAUCUGAUGGACGCACUCUCUGACCCCCGUGCCUUCCUCAGUGCCCAAGAGAAGCGUGAACAGCAGAUGAAGGCCAUGGGUAUCGAAGCCUCGGACAUCGACACCAAGGCUCUCAAGGGCGGCAAGGGCGGCGGCGGGGGCGGGGCCAAGCCUGGGGCGGGCGGGGCAGGCGGGGCGAAGGCUGGGGCUGGCGGGGCGAAGGCUGGAGGCGCUGGAGGGAAGAAGGAGGAGGAACCGCUUGAGUUUGAACCUAUCAACCUCGAGAGCCUCCGGUCACAGAAGAACUUCCUGAAGGCGACCAAGAAGCAGCAGAAGGAACUUGAAGGCAUGAGGAAAAAGCACAUGAAGGAGAGACUCACCAUACAGAAGGGGCAAUGUAGCGCCAUUGAGAAGCUCGCCAAGGGGAAGAAGGACGUAAUGGAUGACCCCAAGAUCAAGGCCCUCGUGACUGACCAGAUGACGCAGUGGUCCCAGCUGAUGGAGAAACACAGGAAGGAGGAAUGGGAGAUGUUGAAGGAACACUUGAAGAGCCAGGAGGAUAUUCUCAAGAAGCUCAUGGAGGAGGAACAACAGGCCCAGAUCAAGAAGAUGGAAGUCAGACAUGAACAGGACAUGAAGGAGAUGAAGGCGGCCCAGGCUAAGGCCGCCGUGGACACAGCCAAGGAGGUCAACCAGGACAAGACCCUCAAGACCAAAGCCGACAGGGACCGACGACUCAAGGAGAAAAACCAAAACAACACAAAGAGGUUCAUUGAGGAGCGUAAGAUAUCCGCCAUGAAGCAAGGGAAGCAGAAGGAGAAGCUCAAGAAGGUCCACGACACACAGAUGGGGCAGCUCUCCAAGGACAUACAGCUGAUGCUACUUGAGCAAGGCUUUGUCGACGGUUGAUAGGCAAUACAGUUUUACGAGAACACAGAAGCGGAGUACAAAAUGUGGAACAAAAUCGAGUUCUUCUGCUAAGGCUUCCACACGCAAGACCCAGAAGAUCGGAAGACAGACAGACAGAUACCUCAGACGCAAGACCA